AGAUAUCCAAUUAAUUAUUAAUCAAUUAAUUUAUUGUAAUAACGAUAAAAGAAACAAAAAAAGCGUGCGUGGUUAUAGCAGUGUAAGGUUGGCGCGUAUAUAAACAAGGACGAUGACGAGCGGUGACCAACGCCAUUGUAACAGCUCACGUACUGAACCGUUGGGUUGUUCUUCGAGACCCACUCUGACUCGCCUGGUUGACUCGUUCGAGUUGGGGGGUUUCUGAUUCGCCCCCAGACGGAUCUCAAUUUUUCCUCAGUUACCAUCUUUAGCUGCAUUCGUCUCACGUCCUUUGAUCACCUGUCAUCUCAAGUGCAAAUUCUUUGCCAGCUGUUUAAAUUUUACAAGCGUCCGUGAAGAGUUCCGUGCAAGUUCCUUCCUGGCAAGCAGAUUUAUAAUAGAGCAGAGUGAAAAUUGUUUUACACAUCUGGGUUUGUGUUCUCUGUUAUUCACUUUUGAUCUGCUUCUAAAUUAUAAUUUGCUGGAAAAACAAAGGGCAUCAAUCAUAUCACAAUGAAGGCACUGAUUUUGGUUGGAGGUUUUGGAACGAGGUUGAGGCCAUUGACACUCAGUGUUCCCAAGCCUCUUGUUGAUUUUGCUAACAAGCCCAUGAUUCUGCAUCAGAUAGAGGCUCUCAAGGCCAUUGGAGUCAACGAAGUGGUACUAGCCAUCAAUUACCAACCAGAGGUUAUGUUGAAUUUCUUGAAGGAAUUUGAGGCAAAACUUGGCAUCAAAAUCACUUGUUCUCAAGAAACUGAACCACUGGGUACUGCUGGCCCCUUGGCUCUUGCGAGGGAUAAACUAGUAGAUGACUCUGGAGAGCCAUUUUUUGUUCUCAACAGUGAUGUUAUCAGUGAGUAUCCACUUAAAGAAAUGAUUGCAUUCCACAAAACCCAUGGAGGAGAGGCUUCCAUAAUGGUGACAAAGGUUGAUGAGCCGUCAAAAUAUGGUGUGGUUGUAAUGGACGAGACUACUGGACAGGUUGAGAAAUUUGUAGAGAAACCAAAGUUGUUUGUUGGUAAUAAAAUCAAUGCUGGAAUCUACCUAUUGAACCCCUCGGUUUUGGAUCGAAUUGAACUGAGACCCACUUCUAUCGAGAAAGAGGUGUUUCCAAAUAUCGCAGCAGCGAAAAAGCUAUAUGCAAUGGUCCUGCCAGGAUUUUGGAUGGACAUUGGACAACCAAGGGACUAUAUUUCUGGUCUGACACUUUACCUGGACUCACUGAGGAAAAACUCUCCUUCUAAACUGGCCAGUGGUCCACAUAUUGUGGGAAAUGUCAUUGUACACGAAACUGCUGAUAUUGGUGAGGGAUGUCUCAUUGGACCUGAUGUUGCAAUCGGUCCUGGCUGUGUCGUUGAGUCAGGUGUCAGGCUUUCACGCUGCACAGUUAUGCGAGGAGUUCGGAUUAAAAAGCACUCUUGCAUAUCCAGCAGUAUCAUUGGAUGGCAUUCCACCGUAGGGCAAUGGGCCCGUGUGGAGAAUAUGACCAUCCUUGGAGAAGAUGUCCAUGUUUGUGAUGAAGUUUACAGCAAUGGUGGUGUGGUUUUACCUCACAAGGAGAUCAAGUCAAACAUUGUGAAGCCAGAGAUAGUCAUGUGAGGUUGCUGUCUUAAAUUCAUAGUGUGUGAUUAGGAAGUUUUAAGUUCUUGUUUCCGAAAUGUGUUUUCAUUCUUUUUAUUUGUUUUUUCUUUAUCCGCAUCCCAAUCCGUUUUUCUCUUUGCUACAUACUGUACAAGUCAGUUUCGUGUUUAGAAUGAGUGAUGCCAUAAUUUACAAUGUUGUAAGGAGUGUCUUUGUAAAGGGUAUAAAGUUGGUCGACUGUUCCUAGUUUAUGUAAUCUGAGGUGUUACUCUUUUAUC